AUGCUGCCCCGGUUGUUAAAGGAAUCUGGAUAUAUUGGUGACGGUCUACUUCUAAAAAUUGAGUGGCCAGUUAUUCGCGUCAUGGAUGCACCCCAACAAGUAGGUUCUUCGCUAUGUUUCAAGGGCGAUUGUGGGAUGUACAUCCUCAAAUACUGCGAGUUUCUAACCUCGAAUGUAGACCUGGCCAAGAUUUCCCAUGACGCCAUGCCCUUCUAUCGGUUGAAGCUCGCUGUACAGUUGUUGCAGGGAUAUUGGUAG